AUGGUUACACGUGUUGAUGUAAUCUGGUGUUUAAAUCCUAUGAUCUUAUUACAGAUUGAUUCAGCAAAAUACAAAAGCAUCUCAUCAGGCUUCGGUGUCCUUCUUAAAGAGCAGGGUGUGAAAGGUUUCUUCAAGGGUUGGGCACCAACUCUGCUUGGUUAUAGUGCUCAAGGUGCAUUUAAGUAUGGGUUUUAUGAGUUCUUUAAGAAAUACUACUCCGAUAUUGCUGGACCUGAGUAUGCUGCGAAGUAUAAGACUUUGAUUUAUCUUGCUGGAUCUGCUUCUGCUGAAUUUAUUGCUGAUAUUGCUCUUUGUCCGAUGGAGGCUGUGAAGGUUCGCAUUCAAACUCAACCAGGCUUUGCAAGAGGCUUAAGUGAUGGGUUACCUAAGAUUGUCAAAGCUGAAGGGGCUCUCGGGUUGUACAAGGGAUUAGUUCCACUGUGGGGUCGCCAAAUUCCUUAUACCAUGAUGAAAUUUGCAUCUUUCGAGAACAUAGUUGAGAUGACGUACAAAUACGCCAUUCCUACACCAAAGGAACAGUGCAGCAAAUCUUUUCAACUGGGAGUGAGCUUUGCAGGUGGUUAUGUUGCUGGAAUCUUAUGCGCUGUUGUUUCACAACCAGCAGACAAUUUGGUCUCCUUUCUCAACAAUUCCAAGGGGGCUACAGUUGGUGAUGCUGUUAACAAGUUAGGUCUCUCGGGUCUCUUCACUCGUGGUCUUCCUCUACGUAUAGUCAUGAUUGGAACCUUAACGGGAACGCAGUGGGUAAUCUACGAUGCAGUCAAAGUGUUUUUUAACCUGCCAACAACUGGAGGAGCAGCUCCGGCGACGUCCUCUAAAUGAACCUCAGCUUAGCACAUUUAUUGCAGUCUUUCAGGCAUGAAAUUCUUUUUACAGAUAUUUUUAUCAUAUAUAUUAGAUCCAAAUUAUGCUUGAUUAUUUUCACUUUUUCAGCAGCCAACUAUUUCAUAUUUGUAUUUUUCUUUUCAUUUUUGGAUGGUUUUCAUCAUCCUCUCGAUGUAAUAAAAAAUAAGUUGAGUAGUGACACUUCAGUUUCGUUUGAGGUGGCUUUCUUAAUGCUUUUCAAAACAUUUUUUAUUACAAAAAUUUCUAAUUAAAUAAAUUUUUGUAACUAAAAAACUGCUUUAAAAACAGUAAAAAAGCUGUCCCAAACUAAGCUUUCAUUGCAGCAAAAGUAUGGUUUGGAAUAA